AUGAAAUUAGUCAUCCACAUUAAGGAAAUAGAAAUAAAGCAAGAGAAGGAAGAUGCCAGUUACCCGGAAGACGAGAAGAAAGAAAUAAUUGUUAAAUCUAAAAGGGGACGGAAAAAAGGUAGUAAAAACCUUCCAAAAACCGAUCAACUAGAAAAAUCUAGACGUAAAAAUCAGAAUCCUAAAAAAAUAGUUCUACAUCAUCCUCCUCCUAUGGAAUUGCCGGAACCUAUACAAUGUGAAAUUUGUAAUGCAUCUUACAAUAAUAAUGUAGAUUUCGCUUUUCAUUCAUUAAGUCACAGUGAUGACGGAAAAUAUACGUGUCAUUUAUGUAACUAUCGUAAUAGUUCAAAAUAUCAUAUGGAAAUGCAUGUUAGAGCGCAUGAAGGUACUACGAAAUAUAAAUGCGAAAUAUGCGAUAAAGCUUUUACAAUAAGUACGCACGCUUUGGAACAUAAAAAUUUCCAUACCGGAGAAAAACCGUUUCAAUGUGAAAUAUGUGGAAAGCAUUUUAUGUUUUCUUGGCAUUUGGCUUCUCACAGAAGAACCUCGCAUUACGAAAUCUUGACAGGAAAACCUUUGGUAAAAUUCGAUUGCAUCGAGUGUAAUAAGCACUACGAGUCGGCGAGCGGUCUUCGACGACACAACAUAAAGAAGCACAAAUCAAAUGAAAUAGAUUUAUCUGUAAUUUGCGAAAUAUGUGGUAAACGACUUUCGAGUAAAGAGAAACUUAAAUUUCAUUUACGCACACAUACUGGUUAUAAACCUCACGCUUGUCACGUGUGUCCGAAAAGUUUUUCAAAAAAAGAUCAACUGAUAGAACACAUUCGCACACAUACCGGCGAAAAACCGUAUGUUUGUAAACUAUGCGGACGAAAACGCAAGGAAACAAUUCAAACUAACGCUUUGAAACAAAAAUCUAGAAAAACAUCACCACACCCUCCACCUCUACUUCUAGAAGAUCCGCUACAAUGUGAUGAUUGUACAGCUACGUUCAAUAAUAACGUAGAUUUUGCUUUUCAUUCUCUAGUCCAUAGUAAAGACAAUAAAUAUACGUGCCAUCUGUGUAACUACAAAAAUUCCUAUAAAUAUAAAAUUGGUAUUCAUGUUCGAACCCAUGAGGGUACGAAUAAAUUCAAAUGUGAAACUUGCGGGAAGGGAUUUAUGGGCCAAAAGCAAGCAGAAGAGCAUAAAAAUUUCCAUACCGGAGAAAUGCCUUUUCAAUGUGAAAUUUGUGGGAAAUAUUUUAUGUUUUCUUCACGUUUGGCGUCGCAUCGAAGGAGUUAUCACUACGAGGUUUUAACAGGAAAACCUCUGGUCAAGUUUGAUUGUAUAGAAUGCAAGAAACAUUACAAAUCAGCAGAAGGUCUCAGAACGCACAUUAUAAAAAUUCAUAAAGCUAACGAAAUAGAUCUAACAGUAAUUUGUGAAAUAUGCGGCAAAAAACUAGCCAACAAAAAAAGAUUGAAAUUUCAUCUAAGAAUUCAUACUGGUUAUAAACCUUUUGCGUGUCAUAUUUGUCCGAAAAAUUUUUCUAAAAAAGAUCAGCUGAUAGAACACAUUCGCACACAUACCGGCGAAAAACCGUAUGUUUGCAAAUUAUGUGGUAAAGGAUUUGCGCAAAGAACGCCAUUAAAGACACACGAAAAGACUCAUAAUGUUGAUAGACCUGGAAAUGCUUGUAAUUUAUGUAGAUUUGUUUUUAAGUCGAAAAUUGAGCUGGAAUAUCAUGCCAAAUUAUGUUAUUCCGCGCAGACAGAUUGCAACAAGACUUAG